CCCGCGGCCCCGGGAGCGGCCGGGCAGCUCCCGCGGCUCCGUCCCGGGGGGCCGGGGCCGGCGCUGGAGCCGAGCCCAGCCGGGGCGGGGGCUGGAGCCGGCCCCGGGCCGGGGGCGCUGCCCGGCCGGGCCGUGCCGGCGGCGGGGCCGGGGCCGCUCUGCGCGGGCCGGGGCGGCCCCGGACACGGGCACGGGCACGGCGCGGGGCGGGCCGGGGCGGAGCGCGGCGGCACGGACCGGCACCGCCCGGCACGGCACGGCACGGCAGGACGCGAUACGGCUCCGCACGGCGCGGCACGGCACUGCAGAACUUGGGCCACGCUGCCAUGGGAGGCGGCGGCGCGCGGGCAUGGCCGGAGCUGCUGGUGCUGGUGGGCAGCGCGUGGCUGUGGGUGGGCAGCGCCCAGCCCACCCCACCGGGCCCCACGCCCGCCCCCGGGCCCCCGCUGCGCUUCCGCCUGGCCGGGUACCCCCGCAAGCACAACGAGGGCCGCGUCGAGGUCUUCUACAACGACGAGUGGGGCACCAUCUGUGACGACGACUUCACGCUGGGCAACGCGCACGUGCUGUGCCGGCACCUCGGCUUCGUGGCCGCCACUGGCUGGGCCCACAGCGCCAAAUACGGCAAAGGAGUGGGGCGGAUCUGGCUGGACAACGUGAACUGUGCUGGAAAUGAGAAGAGCAUCGGGGACUGCAAACACCGGGGCUGGGGGAACAGCGACUGCAGCCACGAGGAAGACGCGGGUGUGGUCUGCAAGGAUGAGCGAAUUCCAGGCUUCAAGGACUCCAACGUCAUCGAGAGCGAGCAGAGCCAGGUGGAGGAGGUGCGGCUGCGGCCGGUGGUGGCCGGUGGCCGGCGGCAGCUGCCGGUGGCCGAGGGCAUCGUGGAGGUGCGCUACAAGGACGGCUGGGCGCAGAUCUGCGACCAGGGCUGGCACAGCCACAACAGCCGCGUCGUCUGCGGCAUGAUGGGCUUCCCGGCCGAGAAGAAAGUCAACAGGAACUUCUACAGGCUCUUCACGGAGCGGCAGCAGCUCAACUACCGCCUGCACUCGGUGUCCUGCACGGGGACAGAGGUGCACCUGUCCCUGUGCUCCUUCGAGUUCUACCGGGGCAACUCCUCGGCAGCCUGCGGGGCCGGCAUGCCCGCCGUGGUCAGCUGCGUGCCAGGGCCGCUCUUCGCCACCGGCCACAAGAGGAAACAGCGCCAGCAGCAGCAGCAGCAGGGCCAGCCCCGGAUCCGGCUGAAGGGCGGCGCCAGGGUCGGCGAGGGCCGCGUUGAGGUGCUCAGGAGCAGCGAGUGGGGCACGAUCUGUGACGACCGCUGGAACCUGCAGUCGGCCAGCGUGGUGUGCCGCGAGCUGGGCUUCGGCAGCGCCAAGGAGGCGCUCACCGGGGCACGCAUGGGGCAAGGGACAGGCCCCAUCCACCUGAACGAGGUGCAGUGCCGGGGCACCGAGAAGUCCCUGUGGAACUGCCCCUUCAGGAACAUCACACAGGAGGACUGCAAGCACUCGGAGGACGCGGCUGUUCGCUGCAACAUCCCCUACAUGGGCUACGAGAACCUGAUCCGGCUGAGCGGGGGCCGGAGCCGCUUCGAGGGGCGGGUCGAGGUGGCGGUGGGGGCUGGCGACGGGGACCAGCCGCGCUGGGGUCUGGUCUGCGGCGAAGGCUGGGGCACGCUCGAGGCGAUGGUGGCCUGUCGCCAGCUGGGUCUGGGAUUCGCUAACCACGGCUUACAAGAGACGUGGUACUGGGACGCCAGCAACGUGACAGAGAUGGUCAUGAGCGGGGUGAAGUGCGCCGGCCACGAGAUGUCCCUGAGCCACUGCCAGCACCACGGCGCCAGCCUGAGCUGCAGGAACACGGGCACGCGCUUCGCUGCGGGCGUCAUCUGCUCCGAGACCGCCUCCGACCUGCUGCUGCACGCCCCGCUGGUGCAGGAGACGGCGUACAUCGAGGACCGGCCGCUGCACAUGCUGUACUGCGCCGCCGAGGAGAACUGCCUGGCCAGCUCGGCCCGCCUGGCCAACUGGCCCUACGGACACCGCCGCCUGCUCCGCUUCUCCUCCCAGAUCCACAACCGCGGCCGCGCCGACUUCCGCCCCAAGGCCGGCCGCCACUCCUGGGUGUGGCACGAGUGCCACCGGCACUACCACAGCAUGGACAUCUUCACCCACUACGACAUCCUGACCCCCAAUGGCACCAAGGUGGCCGAGGGACACAAGGCCAGCUUCUGCCUGGAGGACACUGAGUGCGAGGAAGACGUGGCCAAGAGGUACGAGUGUGCCAACUUUGGGGAGCAGGGCAUCACCGUGGGCUGCUGGGACCUGUACCGGCACGACAUCGACUGCCAGUGGAUCGACAUCACUGACGUCAAGCCAGGCAACUACAUCCUGCAGGUCGUGAUCAACCCCAACUUCGAGGUGGCAGAAAGUGACUUCACCAACAACGCCAUGAAAUGCAACUGCAAGUACGACGGGCACCGCAUCUGGGUGCACAGCUGCCACAUCGGAGAUGCGCUCAGCGAGGAGGCCAACAAGAGGUUUGAGCAGUACCCAGGUCAGCUCAACAACCAGAUUUCAUAGGGCCCUGGCCCUGGGGAGACAGGCAUCUCCCUCCCUCACCCCACACGGGUGGGAUGAAGCCGCUGGGAGACCGGCAGGGAGGCCUGAUGCCCGGUGCUGCUGCCACUGUGUCCUGCCGAGGAUUGCCCAGGACUCGCCGCCGGCUGCCCUUCCCCACCUCGGGGGGGCUGGUGCUGGAGCUGACACCUGCACCUCCCAGCCUGGGGCUGCCACCCCAACCACUGGCCAGAAGACCGUGCCCACCUCCCUUGGGCUGUGGCACACGGGUUCAGUCCGGGAGGUCCCGCCCCGCCCGCCACUCCGUCCCUUCCCAUCCCAGCUCCCCCUCCCCACGUCAGCCCUGGUUCCUCUCACAGCCCUCCCACAGCUCAGCUGGCCCCAGGGCCCACCACCCACACAGGGCCCCGGGAGCCCCUGGUGCUCCGGGGAUGGUGCAGGUGUCUGCCCACAGUGCUGCCCAGGGGUGGCUCCUACCCCAUCUCUGAGUUGUAAUUUUAUUUCCUCUAUAAAGUUGUAAGUUCUAUUUC